GGAUGAUGAAGAAGAGCCGCUGGUUUUCCCAGAGUCGCCCCUGCAGAAACCCACGGUGCUCGUGGCCAUCCUCGCCCGCAACGCUGCGCACACGCUGCCUCACUUCCUAGGCUGCCUGGAGCGGCUGGAUUACCCCAAGAGCAGGAUGGCCAUAUGGGCAGCCACUGAUCACAAUGUGGACAAUACCACCGAAAUGUUCAGGGAGUGGUUGAAGAACGUACAGAGACUCUAUCACUACGUGGAGUGGAGGCCGAUGGAUGAACCUCAGUCUUAUCCUGAUGAAAUUGGACCAAAGCACUGGCCAAGCUCCCGGUUUGCUCAUGUCAUGAAAUUGCGACAGGCAGCUCUUCGAACUGCGAGGGAAAAAUGGUCAGACUACAUUCUGUUCAUAGACGUCGACAAUUUCCUGACAAACCCACAGACCCUCAGCCUGAUGAUUGCAGAAAACAAAACCAUCGUGGCCCCCAUGCUGGAGUCCCGGGGCCUGUACUCUAACUUCUGGUGUGGAAUCACCCCUCAGGGCUUCUAUAAACGCACUCCAGACUACGUUCAGAUUAGAGAAUGGAAGAGGACGGGCUGCUUCCCUGUCCCCAUGGUGCACUCCACCUUCCUAAUCGACCUCAGGAAGGAGGCCUCUGACAGGCUGACCUUCUACCCCCCGCACCAGGACUACACCUGGACCUUUGAUGACAUCAUCGUCUUUGCCUUCUCCAGCAGACAAGCAGGUAUCCAGAUGUACCUCUGCAACAGAGAGCACUAUGGCUACCUGCCCAUCCCCUUGAAGCCCCAUCAGACCCUGCAGGAGGACAUCGAGAACCUCAUCCACGUGCAGAUAGAAGCCAUGAUUGACCGUCCUCCCAUGGAACCCUCCCAGUUUGUGUCAGUUGUCCCUAAAUAUCCAGACAAGAUGGGAUUUGAUGAGAUUUUCAUGAUCAACCUCAAACGCAGAAAGGACAGGCGGGACCGGAUGCUGCGCACGCUCUACGAACAGGAGAUCGCGGUCAAGAUAGUUGAAGCGGUGGAUGGGAAGGCUCUCAACACAAGCCAGCUGAAGGCCUUGAAUAUCGAAAUGCUGCCAGGUUACCGAGACCCCUACUCCUCCAGGCCUCUAACCAGGGGUGAGAUCGGCUGCUUUCUUAGUCACUACUCUGUCUGGAAAGAGGUAAUUGACCGGGAACUGGAGAAGACUCUCGUGAUCGAGGAUGAUGUGCGCUUUGAGCAUCAGUUUAAGAAGAAGCUGAUGAAGCUGAUGGAUGACAUUGACCAGGCUCAGCUGGACUGGGAACUGAUUUACAUUGGUAGGAAGAGAAUGCAAGUAAAAGAGCCAGAGAAAGCCGUGCCCAACGUGGGGAAUCUGGUCGAAGCGGACUAUUCCUACUGGACGCUGGGCUAUGUCAUCUCUUUGGAAGGAGCACAGAAGCUGGUUGGAGCUAAUCCUUUUGGGAAGAUGCUGCCAGUGGAUGAAUUUCUGCCAAUCAUGUACAACAAGCAUCCUGUAGCUGAGUACAAGGAGUAUUAUGAAUCCAGAGACCUGAAAGCCUUCUCCGCAGAACCCUUGCUUAUCUACCCCACACACUACACAGGCCAGCCGGGGUAUCUGAGUGACACAGAGACCUCGACCAUCUGGGACAACGAGACCGUGGCCACCGACUGGGACAGGACACAUUCCUGGAAGUCCCGGAAGCAGGGUCAUAUCCACAGCAAUGCCAAAAACACAGAGGCUCUGCCAUCACCAACUUCUGUGGACAAUGUGCCUUCGAGGGACGAGCUAUGAAAUCUCCCAGGGAGUGUGACACCCGUGGGUCCAUCACUGUUUGGUUUUUCUAAAGUGCUAUCCAACUUUUUUUAUUUUUAUUUUUUUUAGUGAUCACAGUUCAUCUAAACCAAAGUCAUCCCUGUAAUUGAUCAAAAUGAAUUUAUUUCUGAAAGUGGAGAGGAAUAAGGAAAUUAACCCCAAAUUCCCUAGGAUGGCUACAAGAUAGGUUUUAUGGGAACUGCCAAGCUACACUUCAGUUCAGGUGCCCAAUUCUGCUCAGUAGUCAUACGAUACUGCUGCCCACGACAGGGGUGGCUCAGAUGGGAUCACCAAGUUGUCACAUCAUUAAAUGGGCAGUCAAAACAGCCAAACCAGCUAGACCUCAUUCAUGGUCUGGACUGUCCAUUUUAUGUAAUAGAUGUGACCUUGAAAACUCCAAGUCAACUAAACUACAUUUAUUAGUGUAAGUUCAUCAAGAAAUAUGACUUUGAAAAUUUGUGUACGUAAUAAGUUUUUUUUUCCUUUGAGUGAGGAAAUCAAACCAUUUAAAAUCAUAUUAAUCUGGCUUUUAUUUAAAGAAAUGCUGUCAUGAGCUUUAUUACAAAGUGAAUUUUUAACAUUCUCAUCCUCAUUAUGCAGUAGCGAUGGGUGAUUGGGUCUGUCUGGGACAUGGUCCUUGACCAUCAAUGGCGACUGGAAUUCCCAGUUUGCCAUGUGGAUAUAACUUGGUAGACAUUUGAGGAAGGUAAACCUCAACCUUUGGCCUUAGCUGUUGCGGCCACUUAGGUCAAGAAGCUAUAUUUAUAAAGAUAAAUGUAAUAUAUGUGGGGGGAACUGGGGUGUUCCUGCCCUGUCCCGGGUUUCCCGUGUGGCUGUAGCUAGCACCUUACACCCUGAGCUCCACCCCUUAGCUUGGGAACGAGCUGCAGGUGGUGAGUUUCAUGAAUCACUGUUGAGAGACAGAGCACAUUUUCAGGCCAGCAAUUGUCCUUGCCUGGAUUUUUCAUUAUGUUUUGAAUUAUUUAUUUUACAAAAUGUGGGGAAAACAUUGUAGGAUGAGGCAGAGAAACAGAUGUUUCGAGCUUUCAUUGCGCCCCUGGGAGUGGCCAGCGUAGACACAUUGGCUCAACCAUCUGAGUCUCCUGAGCAGCCUGUCUCUUGCCGGGAGGCCUGAUGCCGGGGUAUUCUAACCAUUGAGAAGCAAAUUAUUCUCCACAUUCGGAGAGAGACGUUGAUUAGAAAUGAUGAACUGGACAGCAGAUUUAGGCCAACGGCCAGCGAAGCUCUCAGAGCCAAAAUUCCAGGUAGACAACCUUUCUCAAAAGAUGUCCCUGAAACUCCAUUCUGCUGCCUCCAUAACUGAUGGCAUGUGACAUUCAGAGUUGGACUCACGACCGUCCAGCUGUACCGUCUGUCAUCCUAGGACACCUAGGACAUCCUCCACCAUCACCUUCCCUCCUGCCUUACUCUUGAUAUUCUUCUCCACUGAAUAAGAAGCCACGGGGCUGAGAAGAGGAGUCUGGUCCCCACUCCAGUCUCUCCUGCUCGGACAGCUGUCAGGGCUUGGCUCUUCUUUUCUAGAAAAGUAGGAAGAGCAUCCGGGGGGCUAGUGACAAAUCCUUAGGCGAUUCCUAAGGCUUCCAUGGGUCUUUGGUGUUUUGUUUGCAUAGACGAGUGUGUGCGAGUGUGUCUGGCUUUAAUGAUUUUCUCUUCUGGGGUGGGCGGCUGGGGCAUUGGGAGUGGGAGAAGAUUGAGUUCAGUGUUGUUCUGUUUAAUAGGGAACAUUUCCCCCCAUCAGCUGGUCUGAUGGGCUUAAGAAUUCUCAUUUGUCAAAGAUGUUGGAUUUAAAUUUUAGAAUUUUUGUCUAAGACUGUUGUACUGUGAAUAAAGUUCUGGCCCGGUAAGCCCA